AUGAAGGACGCGAUCGCUUGGUUAUCACUGUUGGCGACAACUUUUGGCUUGGUGACAUCAAGUCAUAGCAGUGUAAUCAACAAAUCCCCUGCGCUGUCGGCAGAACAAGAGGAUGGAUCAACUGUCACAGUAGGAGUCGGGGUUACACUUUGGCUCGGUGAUGGCGAUUCUUGCGCUGCUGAAACUAUCACCGACACUUCCACGCAGACUGGAAAUAGCUCCCCAGGUGCCACUGCAAUUACUAUCACCGAGACUACUACCAAGACAAUUAGUGGUUGUCGAAAUGCGCCUGCCAUUAGUGCUUCUGCCGAUGUUGGCAUUGGACCGCUCAGUCACGCCGAUUACCUCGAGCGUGCCUGUGACAACCACCUCCACUAUGCCUAUUACAACUACCUCGAGCGAGCCCAUCACAACUACCUCGAGCGAACCUAUCACAACCACCUCCACUGUGCCGGUGAUAACAACCUCGAGCGAGCCGGUGACAACCACUUCGAGCGUGCCUAUCACAACUACCUCAAGCGAGCCGGUGACAACCACUUCGAGCGUGCCUAUCACAACUACCUCAAGCGUGCCUAUCACAACAACCUCAAGCGAGCCGGUGACAACCACUUCGAGCGUGCCUAUCACAACUACCUCAAGCGUGCCUAUCACAACUACCUCAAGCGAACCUAUCACAACCACCUCCACUGUGCCGGUGAUAACAACCUCGAGCGAGCCUAUCACAACAACCUCGAGCGAGCCUAUUACAACUACCUCGAGCGAGCCGGUGACAACCACUUCGAGCGUGCCUAUCACAACUACCUCAAGCGAGCCUGUGACAACUACCUCGAGCGAGCCUAUCACAACUACCUCGAGCGUGCCUAUCACAACAACCUCAAGCGAGCCGGUGACAACCACUUCGAGCGUGCCUAUCACAACUACCUCAAGCGAGCCUGUGACAACUACCUCGAGCGAGCCUAUCACAACUACCUCGAGCGAGCCAGUAACAACCACCUCCACUGUGCCUGUUACAACUACCUCGAGCGUGCCUAUCACAACCACCUCAAGCGAGCCUGUCACAACUACCUCCAGUCAGUGACUACCACCGGUGGCUCAACUGUCACUAUCCCAAAUACCACCGUCACUCUACCGGGAACAACACUUCCAGGGACAACUAUGACUGUGGGUGAUUCUAGCAGUACUACGACGGUAUCCGCCUCCGUAUGCUCCAGUCUUAUCAGAAACCCAACAUACACACCUACCGCUCCGUUGCCAGAUGACUAUACCUGGGGCUGCGCACCGGGUUAUCUCUGCAAGCCUCGUCAUACAGGUGACCGUUCGGAAUGUAGCAUUGAAGCAGGUCUUCCUGACCCCGGAUACAUUUGCGACCCUUCAGACUGCAUUGUGGCUCCGCCUUUCGACGUCCAUCCAACUAUGCAGUACAAUGUCUCGAAAAUCUAUUACAAUCUCAACCCGGAGGACUUCGGUCUCAGUUACUCCAUCUUUGACUUCCCGGAAGAUGAAGUUGCAGCCUACGGCAAGCGCGGCAUGUCCUUGUGGGAUUCCGCUAUCGGGCAAAAGGUCAAAAGAAUCGACCUACCUGACCUUCCCGGGCUUUGUUAUAAUGAGUGUAGCGAUGCUGCAUAUGAGCCGCAAUCGCUUGGAAAGACCGACGAGAUUUGCAAGAGUGAUUCAGCAUUCAUGGAAAACUUGGGUGUUUGCGAGGAAUGCAUUACCAACAACGACGAUUCUGGGUCCGAUCAAUAUUCAUCAAUAAUGUUGCCGACAUUUGCACAGUGGUUGAAUUACUGCUCCGACAAGGUCACGUCCACAACAACACAAAGUGCCACUAGCACUGAGAUGGAAACUACGGCGACGAGUACCCAGACCACCACUACUACCAGCACGGAGGCUUCGACAGGAGCCACAAUCACUAGUACUCUGGCUACCAGCACUGAAGCUAGCACCACUGAAGCUAGCACCACUGAAGCCAGCACCACUGAAACCAGCACCACUGAAACCAGCACCACUGAAGCUAGUACCACUGAUGCUACCACCACCGAGGCUAGCAGUAUUGAAGCUACCGGCACUGAAACAACGAGCGCCGAAGCGACAAGCACCACUCAGUCUAGUGAAGAAAGCACUGCUACCACUGAGACCGAAGAAACAUCUAGUGCAGUCGAGACAACCCAACCAGUCACUCUCAUCACAACCACGGCUUCCGGCUCAGUUAUGACAACCUCGGUGUCUGCUUCACUUGUCACAACUUCUUUCUCUGGAUAUGUUGUCACAAUCUCAACGUCCGGCUCCCUCGUGACAAGCUCAGUACCUGGAUCGAUUGCGACAACAUCAGUAUCUGGCUCGCUUGUUACAACCUCACUGCCCGGUUCAAUCAAGACCAUGACGAGCACUCAGGGCACAGGGGCUAGCGGUGAAAACACAUCUGACAAUGGUUCUGGUAGUCCAUCAGGCUCGAGUUCCGGAACUCGGACUGAUUCGGCAAAUACGUCUACAUCUUCCCCAGCCUUCAAUGCGGCAGAAUCCUUAAAUAUCCCUCAUAUUGGCUUAAUUGGUCUGUUGUGGGCUAUUUUUGCACCACUCCUUUAG